AUGGACAAGUAUGACCCGCAGCUCAUCAACACGCUCGCCCAGCACCGGCGCAUCAUCCUAGUCGACUACGCGGGCGUCGGCCUCAGCACGGGAACCGUGGCGAGCAGCGUGCGGCAGUCGGCCGACGACAUCCUCACCUUCCUGUCCCUUAUCGGCGAGCGCGAGGUUGAUAUCCUCGGUUUCAGUCUCGGCGGGACGGUCGCGCAGCUUGUAGCGCUGAACGCCGACCCUGCUCUGCUCAAAGUGCGGAAGCUGAUUCUGGCGGGGACGACGCCCAGUAUGGGAGAGGGUGUGCGCAGAUCGCCAAAUGCGGAUGUCUUUGAGGUGGCGGGUGCUAAAGAGGUGACGAUUGAGACGUUUAAGAGGCUGUUCUUUCUGGCCAACGCGGAGGGGGUUGCUGCGGCCGAACAGUGGUGGGCGCGGAUCCAUGAGCGGUCUGUUGCGACGUCGGGCGAGGAGCCGGCUACGUGGUUGAGCCAGAGCUAUGCCGAUGGCGCGGUGGGUGUCAAGGCGCAGUCGCAGCAGCUGGGAACUUGGAUGACGCCGGAAGGGUCUCAGGGAGCGGAGGGCUCGUUUGAGCGGUUGAAGGGACUGAAUAUUCCGGUGUUGGUGGUGAAUGGACAUCAGCUCCCGAAUGCAGAGCUGCUCAUUUAUCCCAACAGCUCGCAUGGCGCCAUCUUCCAGUAUGCCUCGUACUUUGUGCAGCACGCUCUAGCGUUUCUGAGCUCUUAG